AUGCCAUCGCUGGUGCACCUCAUGCUCCUGACGCUGUUUUUGGCAGCGAUGCCGGCGCUGGGUCGCAAGGUGAAGCGCAAGGAGUCGCACUACCACCACCACGUCAACGUGCCGCCUCCACCACCUGCACCCCCAUCCCACCAGGGACCGGGUCCAGUGCCCCAGCAAACGGCGGUGAUCGAGCACGAGCUGCCGCCCUACACCUACGAGGCCAUCAACCACGACGAGUUCGAGCCGGCCAAGGUGAAGCUCGCCCACUUCGAGGGCUCCUCGGACUACGUGGUGCACCCGCUGCACUCCACCGGUGGCUACCUGGCGGACAACGGACUGCGCAGCAUAGCCAAGGGCUCGGCGGACCAGGCGCUGUCCGCGGUGGCCAGCCAGAAUGCGGCGGGGAAGCAGGCCUCCUACGUGGCCAAGAGCACCCUGGCCCAGGCGGCGGCCCAGGCAGCUGGCACUGCGGUGGCCGUGCUGAAGGGCAAGGAGGUGCUGCUCCAUCGCCUGGAGGACCAGAGCGUGGAGGCCCACAAGGCGAUGGAGAACGAGCUGACCCAGCUGCAGCAGGCAAAGAGGUCGGCCAAGGCCGCUCAGUAUGCCGCCCAGCAGGCCAUCAACCAUGUCAGUGUGCUCACCGCUGCCUUGAACAAUGCCCAGUCCGCCUCGGAGUUGGCCCAGAAGGCGGCUUCGGAGGCAGCGGCCGAGCUGGCCUCCCAAAUCGACAUGGUGGCCCAGGCCAAGACCAAGCUGGAGCACGCCGAAUCGCAGGCCUAUGCCGCCCGUCUGGACUACGAGGAAACCCGGGAUGCGGCCGAGAAGGCCACCCUCUCCGCCCAGGAGGCCCAUCUCAAUGCCAACGAUGCCGCCCUGCACGCCAAUGUGGAGCUCGCCGAGACGGCACACAUCCACGAGAAGAGCGACCGGAAUGUGAGGGAGCCGCCGCGGAAUCAUAGGCGUCCAUGA